AUGAGGAUAAAUCCAUUACGAUUGUUAUCAUUCAUCAGUUUACUUAUCACAGCAAAAACACAACGAUCAAUUAUUAUAACACAUUGGCUUGGUAAAGGUACAAGAAAUGUUAAACAUGAAACUAUUGCCAAUAAUAUUCUCGAUAGUGAUGGAAAUAUUAUUCCACGAACAUCAAAUGGAAGGAAAGAUGUGAACGACAGAAUGAUUUAUGAUUGUACUGAUAUUAUGGGAAAAAUACGACAAAACGGUGAAGAGUAUGAACGACCAAAUGGUCGAUUUAAAUAUAAGUGUAAUAAUGGCAUUGAAAUUAUUACAGCUUGUAUCGGUUCUGAACGAACUUCUAAAGCAGUAAUAAAAAUUGGUGAAACAUUGACUAAGGAUGGAUUUUGGCAUAAAUGUAUUCACCAUGCAAAUAAUGAAACAGCAAUUUAUACAGAAGGAAUCAUUUUUAAAUAA